AUGAAAUCCGAGGACGGCGAGCACCAAGUACUCAGCCCAUGGUCUUCCUCACCACGGGGACCCGCGGCGACUUCGGCGUCGCAGACUACGUGGCGUCGCUGGGUGCGGCUGCUCGCCUCGUUUCGGCCGCGCACCCACGAGCCCACCACUAUGACGGUCACCAUGCCGGCCACGGUGGCCGCCAUCAUGGACAGCUCGUCCAUACAGCGCAUCACGCUGAUGCUGGGCUCCAGCCUCAUGUGGACCAUGCUGGCGGUGCUGGGCCGGCGCAGGCACUCGGUGGAGCACACGGCCCGCCUUCUCUUCUUCGUAAGCCUGGGCGCUUUCGUGGGCGUGCUCAGCUGCACGUUGCGUAUGACGCGCCCCCACGGAUCCAUCGCCGUCAACGCUUCCGUGGUCGCGCGCGGCUUCACCACCGCCUUCGCGUUCGCUGCCAGAUGCGCUUCUGCAUUCAUUCUUCUGAGCACGGUUUUUAAGAGGAAGCUAUAG